AUGAGCGUAUUCUUUUCUCGACAAAGCUGCAUCGCCUCUCUUAUCGCUCACCCUCAAGCUAUUGAGGUCAAAAGGAAUACCCCGUACAUUCCUCCGGAAAUCAUUCUCGUCAUUCUCAAAAUGUUGAAUGAUGACAAGAAGACUCUUGCUUCCUGUGCUUUGGUUAAUCGCACCUUCAACCUUCACGCCAUUCCCAUCUUAUAUCACACGGUCUCUUUCACUUUUCCUCUUACCUUCACCCGGUUCGCCGAUACAAUCUAUGGCGUUACCGAGAGUUCCUCUCUGAUUCGUCAUUUGGAUCUUUCCGGCUUUUCCACUUGCG